AUGCCCCCCAACCUACCCCAGGUCAUCGCCCACCGCGGCAAAACCGCCGACCCCUCGCACCCGCAUCUCUCACACCUCCCCGAAAACACCCUCGAGGCCUUCACCGCCGCAGCCACCCACGGCGCCGACGCCCUGGAAACCGACCUCCGCAUCUCUAAGGACGGGGUGCUCGUGCUCUGCCAUGACCGCUCACUCGAGCGCUGCUUCGGUGUGAAGCGCUUCGUCGAUGAGUGCACGUGGGCCGAGCUCGCCGUGCUGCGCACCCUGCAGGCGCCGCACGCGCCCAUGCCCCGCCUGGUGGAUCUGCUGGGCUGGUUGGCGUCGGAUGCCGGGAAGGCGUUGUGGGUGUUGUUGGAUAUCAAGCUGGAUAAUCUCCCCGAAAGGAUCAUGCCGCUGCUGGCGGAGGCAUUUGCGGCGGUGCCGUGUGCGCGGUGGGCGGAGCGCGUGGUGCUGGGGUGUUGGGCCGGGGCGUACUUUCCGGUCUGCGAGCGUGAUCUGCCGGGGUAUGAGACAGCGUUGAUCAGCUUCGAUGUGCGGUAUGCGCGCCGGGUGCUGCGGGCGAGCGGGGCGUCGGUCAACAUCAACCAGAAGGUGUUGAUGGGGAUGGGGGGCGGGAUGGUCGAGGAGGCGCACGCGGCUGGGCGGCGCGUGUUUGUGUGGACGGUCAACGAGGCGAGUCUGAUGCGGUGGUCGAUCGCGAAGGGGGUGGAUGGGGUGAUUACCGACGAUCCGGUGCGGUGCCGAGCGAUUGUGCGCGAUGUCGAGAAGGAGGUGGAUGGGCCCGCAGGUCGGAUGGACACGGUGACGGUGUCGCAGAGAGCUCAUGCGUGGGCGCUUUCGCUGCUGGUGAUGAUGUUUGGAUGGGUGUUUAGGCGCAAGUACCUGGCCAAGCUGGAGAAGCGAGGCAAGAUAGAGUAG